AUGGUCACAGAUGCUGACUUCACCAACGAAGCUCUUCGACGAGCCCCGAGAUGCCCUCUGCUUCUCUACUCAUUACUCGCUGUCUCCAGUAGCCACAAGAGUCGAUUCUUGGAUGACCCUGUCAUCGCUCGGGACUAUGCGAGAUAUGGAGAAGAAUAUCAUGAGAAAUGUAUCAGUCUGUUGCUACCCAUGCUCAGUGACAAUGAAAGUAUCACAGAUGGUGCGUUUUUAGCGUGUUCUACCAUCCUCAGAUGGUAUGAGGAGCUCAGCGGUGAGUAA